CGCCGCUCGUCCGCGCCCGGUAGAGGUUUCUUGGAGAGACCAUCUCAGGCCCAUUCCGAGCCCUCCGGACAGCCCGCGGGGAACCGAACCAGCGCGCGUGGCCGGCCUGGGGGACUGCGAGGCCGCGUUGAGGACGGUGCAAUGGCAAGGAACUUACCUGUAAUCUUGAUCCUAACCUUCGCGCUUUCGAUCACAAAUCCCCUUCAUGAACUAGAAUCAACAGCCGCUUUCCCUCACACCACAGAGAAAAUUAAUGCAAAUUGGGAAUCUGGCAUUAAUGUUGAUUUGGCAGUUACCACACAGCAACAUCAUCUACAACAGCUUUUCUACCGCUAUGGGGAAAAUAAUUCCUUGUCAGUUGAAGGAUUCAGGAAAUUGCUUCAGAAUAUAGGCAUAGAUAAGAUGAAAAGAAUCCACAUACACCAUGACCACGAGCACCAUUCUGACCAUGAGCACCACUCUGACCAUGAGCACCACUCCGACCAUGAGCAUCACUCUGACCACGAUCGUCACUCUCACCGUAAUCAUGGUGCAUCCAAUAAAAAUAAUCGGAAAGUUCUUUGCCCAGACCAUGACUCUGACAGUUCAGGCAAAGAUUCUAGAAACAGCCAGGGCAAAGUAUCUCACCGACCAGAAAAUGCUGAUGGUAGAAGAAGUGUCAAGGAGAGUGUUAGUGAAGUGACCUCAACUAUGUAUAAUGCUGUCUCUGAAGGAACUCACUUUGUAGAGACAAUAGAGACUCCGAAACCUGGAAAACUCCUUCCCAAAGAUGUAAGCAGUUCCACUCCCCCCAGCAUCACAGAAAAGAGCCGAAUGACUAGUAGGAAAACAAAUGAAUCUGCGAGUGAGCCCAGAAAAGGCUUUAUGUAUUCCAGAAACACAAACGAAAAUACUCAUGAGUGUUUCAACGCAUCAAAGCUACUCACAUCUCAUGGCAUGGGUGUCCAGGUUCUGCUGAAUGCAAAAGAGUUCAGCUAUCUCUGCCCAGCUAUCAUCAACCAAAUCGAUGCCAGAUCUUGCCUGAUUCAUACAACGAGUGAAAAGAAAGCUGAAAUCCCUCCAAAGACCUAUUCUUUACAAAUAGCCUGGGUUGGUGGCUUUAUAGCCAUUUCCAUCAUCAGUUUCCUGUCUUUGCUGGGGGUUAUCUUAGUGCCUCUCAUGAAUCGGGUGUUUUUCAAAUUUCUCCUAAGUUUCCUUGUGGCAUUGGCUGUUGGGACUUUGAGUGGUGAUGCUUUUUUACACCUUCUUCCACAUUCUCAUGCAAGUCAUCACCAUAGUCAUAGCCAUGAAGAACCAGCAAUGGAAAUGAAAAGAGGACCACUUUUUAGUCAUCUGUCUUCUCAAAACAUAGAAGAAAGCACCUAUUUUGAUUCUACAUGGAAAGGUCUGACUGCUCUAGGAGGCUUGUAUUUCAUGUUUCUUGUUGAACAUGUACUGACCUUGAUCAAGCAAUUUAAAGAUAAGAAGAAAAAGAAUCAAAAAAAACCUGAAAAUGAUGAUGAUGUGGAGAUUAAGAAGCAGUUGUCCAAGUAUGAAUCUCAACUUUCAACCAAUGAGGAGAAAGUAGAUACAGAUGAUCGACCUGAAGGCUAUUUGAGAGCAGACUCACAAGAGCCGUCCCACUUUGAUUCUCAGCAGCCAGCAAUCUUAGAAGAAGAAGAGGUCAUGAUAGCUCAUGCUCACCCACAAGAAGUCUACAAUGAAUAUGUACCCAGAGGGUGCAAAAAUAAAUGCCAUUCGCAUUUCCAUGAUACACUUGGCCAGUCAGAUGAUCUCAUUCACCACCAUCACGACUACCAUCAUAUUCUCCAUCACCAUCACCACCAAAACCACCACCCCCAUAGUCACAGUCAGCGCUACUCUCGGGAAGAGUUGAAAGAUGCUGGCAUUGCCACGUUGGCCUGGAUGGUGAUAAUGGGUGAUGGCCUGCACAAUUUCAGCGAUGGCCUAGCAAUCGGUGCUGCUUUUACUGAAGGUUUGUCAAGUGGAUUAAGUACAUCUGUUGCUGUGUUUUGUCAUGAGUUGCCUCAUGAAUUAGGUGACUUUGCUGUUCUACUAAAGGCUGGCAUGACUGUUAAACAGGCUGUUCUUUAUAAUGCUUUGUCAGCUAUGCUAGCAUAUCUUGGAAUGGCAACAGGAAUUUUCAUCGGUCAUUAUGCUGAAAAUGUUUCUAUGUGGAUAUUUGCACUUACUGCUGGCUUAUUCAUGUAUGUUGCUUUGGUGGAUAUGGUACCUGAGAUGCUGCACAAUGAUGCUAGUGACCAUGGAUGCAGUCGCUGGGGAUAUUUCUUUUUACAAAAUGCUGGCAUACUUUUGGGUUUUGGAAUUAUGUUACUUAUUUCCAUAUUUGAACAUAAAAUUGUGUUUCGUAUAAACUUCUAAUUAGGGCAUAAAUACCAGAGUAGCUUUAAAAAAUGUGCUGUCUAUAGUUUGAUUAGGUCACAAGGAGAUGAGUUUGUAUGCUGAGAUGCAGCAUUUAAAGUUAGUGGAUUUUGUGAUUUUUGUAUUAAAUAUUGCCGUUAUGCGUAUAAAGUCAAUUACGGUGGUAACAUAAAGGUACGUUUUAAUAUUUUUAAGUUAUUCUAUUUUGAAAAUAUAAGCUAUAUGUGCAAUUGACCAAUAUUACCAGUUUAUUGUAUAAACAAGAGAUUUGGCAUGACGUGUUCUGUAUAUUUCAGGAAAAAUGCCUGUAGUGCUUUUUCUAGAACUAAUUUAAUGCAGUAAUUCCCAUGCCGGACUAUAGGGCUCUGAAAAACUGCUGGAAUUGAGUAAGAGUGUGCAUGAAGCCUAAGAUUCUAGUAAAGCUCGUACUGACUGUAAAUUGAGAAAUAAGGAGCAAAAGAGAAGAAUCAGAAUUAAGGAAGUGUAGAUUUCUUAUAAAAAUCACAAAAUUGGUUGUGAACUAGAGGGAAAGAAAUUUAGACUUAAGUAAAAAAAGGCAAAAUUAGUAUAGAGUGCAUAAAUGUUUUUGUCAGACUAUUCAUGUUCCUGUUAAAAACACAAUGAGCACUUUUCAUAUACUAAGUUAGCUGUACAUUUAACUUUGUAUAAUAGAGAAGUCUAAAUGUAUUUAACGAAUUUAAGCAGUCUGUCACUUGAUCAAGAGACGGGAAUCUGUACAUGUUUGUGUGGAGAUACAUCAGAUGAGUGUGCUCCGUUUAUGUAUCAUCAGACUUGGUUAUCACCAAGUUAUAUAUCACCAAACGUUAGGAUUCGAUAUUCUGGUUAUCUGACUUACCAAAUGUCAGAAUAUCAAGACUUUGAUAAACGUAAGGACAUUAAAACCAUGCUGGGUUUAAUGUGCCUUUUUGGAUUCAGAAAAGGAACUUUGGUAUCUUUCAGUGCUUCAAUGUUGUCAUAGUGCGCCAUUGUCAUUUUAUACGUAGUAUUGUAGACAUUCUAGGGCCCUUGUGCCAUUCUCUGUUGUUGCUUUUUUACAAAAUAAAUUCCUCAUACCAGUUGAA